CGAACCCCUCUAAAGGCCAUUUCAAACCAGCCCCACCUCCACCUCACCGGAGCGAGACGCCGGCAGGUGAGAGGCCUUCUCCCCGCUCCUCUCCCCUCUUUUCCCGCAACGAGCCGGGGGAAGCACCGGACGAACAGGCCGUGGGGUGUGCACGGAAGGGGAAUGGACUUCACGGAGUCGUACAAGCAGACGGGCCCGUGCUGCUUCUCCCCCGACGCGCGCUUCCUCGCCUCCGCCGUCGACUACCGCCUCGUGGUCCGCGACGUCGUAUCCCUCAAGGUGGUGCAAUUAUUUUCAUGCGUGGACAAAAUAAACUUUGUGGAGUGGGCACCGGAUUCAGAGUAUAUCCUAUGUGGACUUUACAAGCGGCCCAUGGUGCAGGCUUGGUCGCUGAGCCAGCCUGACUGGACCUGCAAGAUCGAUGAAGGAUCUGCAGGGAUUGCUUAUGCUCGCUGGAGCCCUGACAGUCGUCAUAUACUUACUACAUCAGAGUUUCAACUCCGUUUGACUGUGUGGUCUCUUGUAAAUACCGAAUGUGUUCAUGUCCAGUGGCCAAAGCAUGUGUCCAGAGGGGUUUCUUUUACUAAGGAUGGGAAAUUUGCUGCGAUUUGCACCAGACGCGACUGCAAGGAUUUCAUAAAUUUGCUCUCAUGUCAUUCCUGGGGGAUUAUGAGUGUCUUUGCUGUUGACACGUUAGACUUAGCAGGUGUUGAGUGGUCGCCUGAUGACAGUGCUAUCGUGGCCUGGGAUUCAAUUCUUGAAUACAAGGUUCUGAUAUAUUCGCCUGAUGGGAGAUGCCUGUUCAAGUAUUCUGCAUAUGAAAGUGGUUUAGGUGUCAAAACUGUUGGUUGGUCACCAUGUGGACAAUUUUUAGCAGUGGGCAGCUAUGAUCAAGCAGUGCGUACAUUGAACCAUCUGACGUGGAAAACUUUUGCUGAGUUCACUCAUUCAGCCUCUAUUCGAAGCCCCUGUAAUGCUGCCAUAUUUAAGGAAGUGGAUGACCCAUGGCAGCUUGAUAUGUCAGACUUAUGUCUAAGCGAAGGCUUCUCUCGUAACAUGCUAGACAAUGGCGCUGAAAAUGGCACGGAAGGAGGUUCUAGAGUAAAAUAUGCUGUGAUGGACAUUCCAAUCACUCUACCAUCACAGAAACCAGCUAGUGACAAGCCCAACCCCAAACAAGGAAUCGGUAUGCUCUCAUGGAGCAACGACAGCCACUAUUUCUUCACUCGGAACGACAACAUGCCGACUGCUCUUUGGAUAUGGGAUAUCUGCCGCCUUGAGCUUGCAGCUGUUGUUGUGCAGAAAGAUCCAAUCCGCGCUGCUGCCUGGGACCCUACAUGUCCACGCCUUGUCCUGUGCACGGAGAGCCCACACCUGUAUAUCUGGACGCCAUCUGGUGCUUGCUGUGUCAACAUCCCCUUGCCAAAUUUCCGGAUCGUCGACUUGAAAUGGAAUUCAGCUGGAAGCUGUCUCCUCCUGAAGGACCGCGAUUCCUUCUGCUGUGCUGCAAUUGUAUCUGCUCUGCCGGAGGAAGAACUUGAUGAUCAGUCUGAUGAUACUUCUGAAGACGAGUGAUCUUGUAUGUCUUGCUUGCCAUCAAUGGGAAUUCUAGCCAUUAGCUGGUGAAGUACGUUGUAAUAUAGCAGUAGAUGAAUUUGGGGGCAGCAACUUGCCAACUUGUUCUGAUAUGGUAGAAUGGAAAGAGGAAGAUGAUUGUUUCUUGUACUACCACUAUCAUAUAAUUUCUGUUAGAUUCAUUGAAAUUGGUUGAAUUUUGUAGAGAACAUGAAUCCGAUAGAGAAUGGUGGUCAUGCGAACUGAGCAUAGAUAAGGUGGUUGGUUCCUUGUGGUGUAACCAGCUCAUCCAGGUUCAAGUCUCCGACUUGACAUGGAUGCUCGCAUUUUCCUGAA